UGGAAAGAGCCCACACCAGACAGUACCCCAGAUUGAGGGUGAUGCUGCCAUCUGCACAAGAAAUCCUCAUAAAAUUCCUGUUUAUGAAAAUCAACCUGAGCUUGAUUGCUCUUAUGCACAAGAACUUUGCUGUCACUAUGCUUAUUCCAGAGAAACCACAAUACCCUUCUGUGCAAAGGACAUCAGUGAUGAUCUGAUGAAAGAAUUUGCUUUUCUGUCUGGUGGCCGAGGGAAGGACAAGGCUUGGAUUAUCACCCUCCCCGACAACGCUCGCUUCAACGAGGUGCCCGAGGAGAUUGUGUCUAAAGUCUUAACAUACCUAACGUCAAUCCCAAGUCAAUAUGAGUCUGACACCAAAUUUAUUCUAAUCCUGGAUAGAAGAUUGGACACAUGGACAUCAGUCAAAAUGACUCUCCAAAAAAUAGCAGCGUCUUUCCCAGGGAACCUGCACUUAGUGAUGGUUCUUCGUCCCACGGGGUUUUUCCAGCGCACCUUCACUGACAUUGGAUUUCGGUUCAGUCAGGAGGAUUUUCUACUCAAGUUACCGGUUGUUAUGCUGAGCUCGGUGAGCGACCUGCUGACCUACAUUGAUGAGCAGCAAUUGACCCCGGAGUUUGGGGGCACCCUGGAGUACUGCCACAGCGAGUGGGUCAUCUUCAGGACUGCCAUAGAGAGUUUUGCACUAACUGUGAAGGAAAUUGCACAGAUGUUACAGUCCUUUGGCAUGGAGCUGGCAGAGACCGAGCUGCCGGACGACAUGUAUUCCAUCGAGCGCAUCCUGGCCCUGCGCACGGAGAAGUACUACCAGCUCAAGGAAGAUAUUACAGCAGUCACAAAAGAGGGAAACUUGCUUUUGAGCAGUUUUGAAGAGCCUGACUCUGGGGAAUGCAGUCAGGACCAGCACCAUGAGAGGCCUGGAGACUGGGAGACUGUGAAUCGGUUACUUGGUCAGCUGCGUGAGAUGGAGACUGCUUUUGAUGGCUUCUGGGAAAAACACCAGUUAAAAAUGGAACAAUAUUUGCAACUGUGGAAGUUUGAGCAAAGUUUUCAAGAGGUCAAGAAUGCCAUUGAAUUUUUAAUGGGUCAGCAAGCAGAGCUGCCCGACACUGGGGACAGUGUUGCCCAAGUGAAGCAGAGGCUCAAGGACUUGGAUCAUUUCGAUGGUAUGGCUCAGGAUCUGAUAGGGAAGGCUCAGGUGGUGAUACUGCAUGGACACCAGCUAGCAGCAAAUCAUCACUAUGCACUCAACCUCAUCUGCCAGCAAUGCAAUGAGCUGCGGCACCAUUCUGAUGUCUUGUCUGAUGAGAUCAAAAGGAAGCAGAUGCGGCUGCAGAAGACCUUGGAUCUUCAUACCCGCCUUCAGCAGGCUCUGCAGUGCUGUGACGAAGGUGCCUACCUGCUUGCCAACCAGCAAAUGGAUAAGUGCCAGUCUAAAGAAGGCGCUCAGAAAGCUCUCCAGGACAUAGAAAGAUUUCUUGAAAGCUCUUCAGGCUACUUAAACUAUGAUCCCCAAGCCCUACACUACGAUUUUGAGUCAGUCUUAACGUCUGAGUUGAAGUGCCAGAUCCAGUCGGUGCAGGUCAAGCUUGAGAACGUUCGCAGCAUGUUUGAGAAUCGGCAGUCUUGCUUCAAGAAGCUGUUGGAUAAACACGUGCGGCCCGUCCAGCUGGUGGCUCCUCGGCCAGAAAAUCCACCAAGAUCAAAAUCACCGUUAUUUUCUCCUAAACAUGGUGUGGAUUUUAAUUCCAGUUUGAAAUUUUCAUUUGAUCUUUCUCUCCCUGGGAAGAAAACAUCAAGAAAAACUCCGAGUUCUCGCAAGAUCGAAGUAAUGCACGACUAUCAGGAAAAACGGAAUUCCUUGCAAUAUUUUAUUUCAGAUAGUGAUGACAGCUUAGAUAUACUAAAAGGCCAUGUCAUAAAUGAGCUUAUAGAAACUGAGAGAGUGUAUGUAGAGGAACUCUUCACCGUUCUGACGGGCUACAGAGCUGAGAUGGAUAAUCCUGCCAUGUUCAUCCUCCUGCCUCCCGUGCUGAGGAACAGGAAGGACGUCCUCUUUGGAAACAUGUCCGAGAUAUACGACUUCCACAACAAAAUUUUCCUGCACAGUUUGGAAAACUGCCUGGGAGCACCCGAGAGAGUGGGAUGUUGUUUCCUAGACAGGAGAGAGGAUUUCCAGAUGUAUGAAAAGUACUGCCAGAACAAGCCCCGGUCGGAGUCCCUGUGGAGGCAGUGCUCCGAAAGCACCUUCUUCCAGGAAUGCCAAAGAAAAUUAGAACACAAACUUGGGCUGGAUUCCUAUUUACUUAAACCAGUGCAGCGCCUGACAAAAUACCAGUUACUUCUGAAGGAGCUGCUAAAGUACAGCACAAGCUGUGAUGGAGUUCAGGAACUUCAAGAAGCUCUGGUUGCAAUGUUGGAUUUGUUGAAGUCAGUCAACGACUCUAUGCAUCAGAUUUCAAUAACAGGAUAUGAUGGUGACCUGAGCGAACUGGGGAAGGUAUUGAUGCAGGGAUCUUUCAGCGUUUGGACAGGACACCGGAAAGGUCCAACAAAAAUGAAGGAUCUUGCCAGGUUCAAGCCAAUGCAGAGGCAUCUGUUCCUGUAUGAGAAAGCCUUGGUCUUCUGCAAGAAGCGAGAGGAGCAUGGAGAUGGAUAUGACAAAACCUCAUCUUACAGUUUCAAGCAUUUUUUGAAAAUGAAUGCAGUUGGAAUAACUGAGAAUGUGAAAGGAGAUCAUCGGAAAUUUGAGAUCUGGUACAGUGGGCGAGAAGAGGUCUAUGUUGUGCAGGCCCAAACAGUAGAUCUGAAGAUGGCAUGGUUGAAUGAAAUAAGAAAAAUUUUGUUUAAGCAGCAGGAGCUUAUAAAAGUAGAGAAGCAGCAGCCUGGCUCGGGCACGGACCAGAUCCCGCUCUCCUCCCAGCUGAGUGAUGGAAAGCAGCAAAGAGCCUCCGUAAGCUCAGAAGAGAACGACUCAGAGCGCACCAGCCCGGUGAUGUUGGACAGUGGGCUCGUGUCCCCCCAGAACAAGCCCCACCGAAGCUGGCCAGGAAUGUCUCAGUCCCUGGAAAUCUGUGAGGGGCUGGAGGAGUGGUCGGGUAACCAGUACCUCUCCAACUGCUCGGACACCGAAGAGGAGGAUGGCAACCAGCUGUCUCCAGGAAAAUACAAAGCCCUUGCAGACUGCAAGAGGAGAGGAUCAGAGGAUCUGCUGGUGAAAAACGGGGAUGAAAUCCAGCUCGUGCAUGAAGAUGGUGAGGGACAGUGGUUGGUGAAAAACCUAAACAGAAGAAAAGAAGGCUGGAUUCCUGUCCACAGUCUGCAGAUAGUAGUCGGUGACUGCAGAUUUCGGAAUGCCAAAGUUGCAGAUUUCUUUGCAAGAGCACUGGGUAGAAGAUCCAGGAGAAGAGAUGGAGUCUGACCAGGGAUUCCCGUGACUGUUUUGCCUACUCGCUGCUGUAGCCCAAACCCCGUGUGAACCCAGGCAAAAUCUCCUCCUGCUGCAAAAGACACUCUGGCCUGACCCCCAACACUCUAAAGGCAAUACUUCAUCCCUGCAGCCUCACUCCUGCCCUCAUUGCUGCCUGCUGGUUAAUCCACCCUUAGAUAAAUUUUAUAAUAAACAGGUUACCAGCUUUUGGCCGAAGGCUUCUAGUCUCAAAAACCAUACUUCACAUUUUCUAGCUGGAAAUGUACAUAGAAGUAGGUAGGGAAGCAUAACAGAUGACACAAGAAAAUGCCUUAAGAGCAGCCUGUCGCCCUUGCCAUGUAUGCAGCAUCACCACUCCAUGUGUUGCCUCAUCACCAUGCUGUUCACUGGAAAUGGGAGACCAGGGUUUGAGAUGGGAACAGCUCAGGAAACCCACAUAGACUUAGUCCACUUUAAAAAAAAUAAAAAUGGAAAAGAAUACACUAGUUAUGACCAUAUGAAGCAAAUUUUACAAGAAGAUUUCUCUUUAAAUACUUCCUUUUUGUCAAAACCUAUUAUUUUGAUGAACACGAAGGAAGCCUUCUGAAAAGCUUAAAAUUCCAGACAGCUCUUGAUGGUUUUCCAUAUAUUUCAGUAAAAUCCUUCCUAUACAGGAAGGUAUCUUUUUAUCCCCUUUGUUAAAAGGCAGUCAAAUCUCACAGGUUGGAGAUUUUUAUGGACUUUAUGUAAAGGGUAGUUUGCUAACCAGUGUUCAAAUUUUGCUGGCACCCUGUUGUCAAGAUGAAGUUAUGUCUACCUUGAUCUUCUCUGCAUGUACAGCUAUCCCAUCUCACCAUGUUCUGUGCAGGAGGGUUCUCCAGCUGUGAAUGCAACUCAAAAACAGGGUGCUGGCAAACUCUGAACCUUGGUUUGCUUUGUCAGUGGUCAUAUCCCUGAAAGCCUAGAGACUCACAGCUCCAGACUGGUUUACAAAGUUACUGAGUACAAACUAAGGAGAAUUUCACAAGGUGAAAUCACAGAAAGCUCCUCCUGUGAGUCCCACACCACUGCCCAGGUGCUUUACAGUCGUGCCCCAGGGUUUAGUUGCAGCACUGAGGCUCUGUUUUCCCUGUGAAGGUAAUUCUGUUCUCUUUUGCUGUUGCUGAUCAUGCCUGCAGUCUCAAGGCAUGAUUCUAAUUUUACGUGCACUCCAGGCAAUAUUGUGGGAUGAUGUAGGAUGUUUCCAUGCUAUUUCCUGGAGCUAUUCCUAGAGCUUUUCGAUUGCAGAAUGAUGUAGGAUGUUUUCUUGCUAUUUCCUAGAGCUAUUCCUAGAGCUUUUCAGCAACAUGUCCUUAUAGCCAUGAGCAAAUUUCACUCUGACUCCUCAGGAAUGCAGUCUGGAUUGGGCUCUUUUCUGCUUCUUCAGAAGAUGGAGCUCUUGCUCCAGUAUAGCACAGGGAGAAUUAGACAGCCAAGUUUGUAGAGCAAACUAGGGGCAGGAGGGAGCACUGGGACCCUCUUGUUCAGCUGCUUGUGCUGAAAUGCUGUUUUGCAUGUAAGCAGGGUAAACAUGAUUAACAUGUUGUGGGGUCCCCCAGAGCUUAGAGCAUUCUGGAGUCACUUCAGCACUGGGGGAGAGGCAGUCCUGGCCCUUCACGGUGGCAUUGCAUCUGUUUUUGUCCCAGGUGCCCCUAAUAAAUAAAAAUAUAUCUCUAAUCACAGAAUUUCAUAACAGAAUUAAUACAAAUCUGGGUUUGAGAAUGUUUUUUCAGUGCAAAGCCUUUAGCUGAAUAGAUUACAUGGUUCCCUUACCUUCAUGCAUUUUUUUUUCUUAAAUUUAUGCUGUGGCCCUAAAAAAACCUCCCACCACAGGAUGUCUGAAUUUGUGGGUGGCAUCCCUGUCCUUGGCAGGGGGUUGGUACCAGAUGAUCAUUAAGGUCCCUUCCAACCCAAACCAUUCUGUGAAUCUAUAAUUCUGUCAUUUAAGGAGGAAACCUGUUCUACACACCAGACCCUCUCCUAGUUUGCUUUAACACACCACUUGCCAAAUUAUCUCUUCCAAGCCUUAAGGGGAUCCCCUGUGUGUGCUCUUCAUGCCAUAAAGCUGAGCAAAGGUUUCCCCCGCUGGCAGUGCCUGAAGGACCGAGCUUGCAUGUCCUCUGCUCCUGCUGGCCAGGGUGCUGGGGAUCAUCCUCUUUACUGUGGUGAGCUUGAGGCAACCCUUUUGUGGCUCAAAUCUGCCCGACCAGGGUAUUUAUUGUAUGUGGCUGAACUCUUGAGCUCUCGCGGGCUGGCACGAGCAUGUUGGCUGAACUGUGCAAGUUUUGUCUAAGUUCUGUUAAAAAUGCCACUGGUAGUUUGCAGAUGCAGCGCAGCUGUUUGCACUAUCACUCAUGCACUUUAAUGAUUGCAGCCACAGGCUUUUGUAUUUAUGCAGGGUCCAUUAAAGGCAAUGCUGAUUCCUUUCUGGCCUUUAAAACGUAAAGUAGGGUCUCCUCCCACGACCUGAGAUCCCAACCAGCUUCACUGAACAGAUAUUUAGUAACACCAUAGAAAACCAUUUUGAGCCUGAGAAAAUAAGGAGUCUAUAGGAGAUAUCAGCUGGCCUUGCUGUGAUAAUGAAGUGAUAGAUGAUGGAAAUGAGUCAAACCCUGUGGUCCUGCCUUAGUCAAGGCUCUCACUGAAGCCAGUGGGAGUUCAGCUUUUAGGGAGAACUGCAGGAGUUCACUUAUUUUUUUUAUAUUAUACAAAUGUUACAUGAUUACAGGGAACAAUGUAUUUCUUGGAAUCAGAUGCUUUAAUAUUAACAUCAUUCUCCAUUACUUUAUAGAUGCUGGCCUGUGUAACACGAGAAAGUUUAGUUCCCCUUGAAUUAAGGGUGAACUAGUAGCAUCCUAUUUUCGAUGCUCUUUGGAAGCUUUCAACUAAGUGUUACAGAGAAAUAGCACAAUAGUUGGAGUUGUCCUGUACUAUUCAUCACAUUCACAGACCUCCACAGCUUCAUCUGCACUGAACAGGACUGGGGUCCUAAGCAGCUUCUCAUACUCAUAAAGGAAGCCAUUCUCUGCUCUUUCUUUUUUUUCACCUGUGGAAAGUACGGUAUUUUAUUAAUUUUACCUGCUGCUUUUCCAUGACAUCCAUCAUGUUUCAUCAGAGAAGUACACUACAGUUUCCUGACACUUUGUUUAGAUGCUUGAAACUUCCUCUACAGGUUAAAGUAGGCUUUGCCUACUCGUUAGCUGACAACUGUUGAAGCUGCAAAUAAAAGAGUUGAGUUUUGGUAAACCAAAAAAAAAAAAAAACAAA